CUGACUCAUCUUUCGAGGAAAGAGAGAGAGAGUUAGAGAGAGAAAGACAUCAUCGUCGAAAACGACUGUUUCAGAUUUCUCCAGACGCAAUCCAGAUCAUCUCCUCUUCUGCGCAGUCUAGGGUUCUUCUUCUUCUUCUUCUUCUCUUCUUCUCUCCUUCUCCGAUCCUUCCAGAUAUCUCUUCACAUUCUCUCUUAAUCUGCUCGUCGAUCUCUCUCGCCAUUUUCACCGAUUCAAGAUUUCGUGAAUCGAUCAUGACGAUUCCUGAUUCGGGAUUCAUGAUCGAUAACGGCGCGAGUUGCUUGCCUCUACCGCCGGAGGAGGAGAAGCGGAUCGUUAAGGAGCUCACCGAUCAAUCGGAGGCUAAUUUGAAGGAGGGAAACUUGUAUUACGUUGUUUCAAAUCGAUGGUAUUCAAGCUGGCAGAGAUAUGCCGGGCAAGCCAUGGAUGAAUCUUCAGUUGAUGGGUGGGCAUCUGAAUCCCAAAAUAUGGAUGUGCUUUCCGUAAAGACUGCAGGUAGACCUGGAGAGAUCGAUAAUUCUGAUAUACUUCUAAAAGAAGAUGAUUUUGACGGUGAUGAACUGGAGCUACGUAGAAUGUUGGAGGAAGGACGGGACUAUGUUCUAGUUCCCCAACAAGUUUGGGAAAAAUUAUUGGAUUGGUACAAAGGAGGACCAGCAUUACCAAGAAAAUUGAUUUCUCAGGGUAUGAUUCACAAGACUUUUAUUGUAGAGGUUUACCCGCUCUGUCUCAAGUUGAUUGAUGAUCGGGAUAAAAGCCAGUCACUUGUAAGGUUAAGCAAAAAGGCUUCUGUAAGGGAGCUUUAUGAGAAGGUGUGUAGGCUCAGAGAACUGGAGCAAGAAAAGGCUUGUAUUUGGGACUACUUCAAUAAGCGAAAGCAUGCAAUUCUGAGCAUUUCAAACCGAGCUUUAGAGGACUCAAAUUUGCAGAUGGAUCAAGAAAUUCUUCUUGAGGUUCAAGAUGGAAACUAUACUUCUCGAUUAGGCAAGGAUUCAACAGGAAACGAGUUGGCUUUGGUGUCUCUAGAACCAUCAAGGUCUUCAGUUACAAUUGCUGGGGGGCCGACAAUGUCCAAUGGUCAUUCGACAGGAUAUAAUUUUAAUUUAUAUCAGGGAAGUGCUGUAAGUUCAUCAUUCUCGGAUAUGGACGAUGGAUAUGAUGCUUAUAAAUUGAGAAAAGGAGAAAGGGGAGGUUUGGCAGGAUUGCAGAAUCUAGGAAAUACUUGUUUUAUGAAUAGUGCCCUUCAGUGUCUAGUUCAUACGCCACCUCUUGUUGAGUACUUCUUGCAAGAUUACAGUGACGAGAUCAAUACAGAAAAUCCUUUGGGAAUGCAUGGUGAGCUUGCACUUGCUUUUGGUGAGCUGUUGAGGAAACUGUGGUCCUCAGGCCGAACUACAAUUGCACCACGUGCUUUUAAGGGAAAAUUAGCUAGAUUUGCUCCCCAGUUCAGUGGCUAUAACCAGCAUGAUUCUCAAGAACUUCUUGCAUUCUUAUUGGAUGGGCUGCAUGAAGAUUUAAAUCGUGUCAAACGAAAGCCUUACAUUGAAACAAAGGAUUCAGAUGGUCGUCAAGAUGAAGAAGUUGCAGAUGAGUGUUGGAAAAAUCACAAGGCCCGGAAUGAUUCAUUGAUCGUUGAUGUUUGCCAAGGCCAAUAUAAGUCGACACUGGUUUGCCCUGCCUGUGAAAAGAUUUCAAUCACUUUUGACCCGUUCAUGUAUUUAUCACUGCCGCUUCCUUCAACUGUAACUCGACCAAUGACAGUAACUGUGUUUUGUGGUGAUGGAAGUGGCCUUCCAAUUCCGUAUACUGUUAAUUUGCUCAAGCAAGGUUGCUGCAAGGAUCUUAGUGAGGCAUUAAGUUCUGCUUGCUGCUUGAAGAGUGACGAAAUUCUUCUGCUUGCCGAGGUGUAUGAAAAGCGGAUCUUUCGAUAUUUAGAGAACCCCUCGGAACCAUUGGCUUCUAUUAAGGAGGACAACCAUAUUGUGGCUUACCGACUUUGUAAAAAUUGGGUGGGAAGAACCAGAAUUGAAAUAAUUCAUCGACCACACGAAAAAUGUUCAUCUGACAGUAUUAAAGGUUAUCAGGGGAAGUUUAUUGGUACUCCUCUUGUUACUUAUUUGGAAGACCCAGUAAGUGGAGCUGAUAUUGAUGCAUCUGUUUCUAGAUUGCUGUCACCUUUGAAAAGAACGCGUUCUUCGGGUAAGCUCCAUAAUGGAAAGGAAAAUGGCUGUGUUAAAGGUGCUAUUGAGGAACCAUCAAACAGCUCUAAUUUCAGGAGCCUGUCCAUGGACAAAACGGAACUGGAGGAAACAUCCAGCAGUGAAUUGUCCUUCCAGCUUUUUGUAACUGAUGGAAACAGCUCAAGUUGCAAGCCAAUUGAGAAGGACUCCGUAGUGAAUUCAGCACGAGUUGUAAAGGUCUUUUUGGACUGGAGUGAUGAAGAACAUGACUUAUAUGAUAUAAGCUACCUCAAGGACCUCCCUGAGGUUCAGAAGGCUGGGUUCACUGUGAAGAAAACUCGUCAAGAAGCUAUUUCUUUGUUUACGUGCUUGGAGGCAUUUUUGAAGGAAGAACCUCUGGGGCCUGAUGACAUGUGGUACUGCCCCGAGUGCAAGGAACAUAGACAAGCUACCAAGAAGCUAGACUUGUGGAUGUUGCCUGAGAUUCUUGUUUUCCACUUGAAAAGAUUCUCAUAUAGCAGAUAUUCAAAGAACAAAUUAGACACGUUUGUGAAUUUUCCUAUUCAUGAUCUUGAUUUGAGCAAAUACGUGAUAAGCAAGGAUGGAAAGCCCCAUGUUUACGAACUAUAUGCCAUUAGCAACCAUUAUGGUGGUCUAGGCGGUGGCCACUACACUGCGUAUGCUAAGUUGAUCGACGAGAACAGAUGGUACCAUUUUGAUGAUAGUCAUGUUUCUCCCGUCAAUGAAUCCGAGAUCAGAACUUCAGCUGCCUAUGUGUUGUUCUAUAAAAGGGUUAAAACUGAACCAAAUGCAGGAGUGGGCGAGACCUCGCAGGGUUCUUGAGGACGUAAUUCUGGAAG